GCCGGCCGCCCGCCAGGAGCGAACCCCGCGCGCCUUACGGCCGCUUCACAGGGGCCCCGUCCCUUCAGCGCCGGGAGGAGGCUCCCUCGCUUAUCUCCAGCGCGACCGAGAUGGCGCGGGGAGUGGCGCCCUGAGGCGAGCGGCACGGGGUUUCCACUGUGGGGAGGGGAGGGAGCGGGAUUUCCCGACCCCGUCAGUGCACCGGGAGCGGAGACGACGGAACAACAGCACCCGAAGGCUGCGCCUCAGCUGGGGCCUUGCAAAGGGCUUUCACCCGCAGUCAUCACCACUUGAUUUACCAGCCCAGAGCAUGUUCCAGAUCCCAGAGUUUGAGCAGAGUGAGCAGGAAGAAGACUCCAGCCCUGCAUAUAGGGGCCUGCGCCCCAGCCCCACAGGGGCCCGCCUGGGCCAGCACCAGAGGACGGCCCCAGACCUCCUAGGAGUAGCUGGUGACCAGCGGGGGCAGCCAACUGGCAGCAGCCACUAUGAAGAGGCCGGAGCAGUGGAGACUCGGAGUCGCCACAGUUCCUACCCCACCGCGGCCCAGGAGGAUGAAGGGCCGGACGAGGAAGAACUCAGCCCCUUCCGGGGCCGCUCGCGCUCGGCGCCCCCCAACCUCUGGGCUGCACAGCGCUACGGCCGCGAGCUCCGGAGGAUGAGCGACGAAUUUCAGGGAUCCUUCCAGGGACUUCCUCGUCCGAAGAGCGCGGGCACCGCGACGCAGAUGCGGCAAAGCCCCAGCUGGACGCGCAUCAUUCAGUCCUGGUGGGAUCGGAACUUGGGGCGCGGAGGCUCCGCCCCCUCCCAGUGACCUUCCGGCCCUCGUCCCGAAGCUCCCCGGGCCUCGCGGGCGGCCAUCUUGGAUGCGGGCGGAAGUCUCGCGACGCGUCCAGUCCUUUUCGGGAGGUUUGACCCAGAGCCCCGUUCCCUUCCGGUGUGCGUCAGGACCACGGAGGCUGGGAGCCAUCGGAAGUUUUAAAAAGUUUCUGCCCGUAGCGCCGGAAGUGGCUCGGGGAUCCCGCCCUGCGCUGCGGGGCUGCCCCAAGGCGCCUGCGCCAAGCCUCGCGCCUGGACGUCCGUCCGUCCACUGGGAAAACCCCGACUUCCCCAGGCCCCUGGCCUCCCCGGCGGAACUGCGGCCCGACGCUCGGGCAGGUUGCGAAUAAAGCCCGCGUCUGUGCCGCCGAGUCGUCUGUCCGUCGCUUGCGGCUCGCGGGCCCGGGGGAGCGCUAGCGCCGUUUCAGGAGAUGACCCCGUUUCACACCCAAGGGAAACAGUCGUGGAGGGCUGUUGUCCGGGACAGCGACCGGGAAGGGGGCGCGGCGGCGAGCAGAGCCAGAGCUGCUGAACCCCCGGGGACCUCCAGGCCCUUAUCGCUAACAUGCUAAUUGGGAACCUCAGCCCCACCCGUCCUCCCGAAUUCCGCGCUCUGCAAACCCAAACCGUACCGCCAGCCCCCGGGGAGGGUCACUUGUUCCUAUUUGGGUCAGUCCUUUCGAGCAGCUACUGUGUGGCCGGCCCGGGGCCAGCGCAGCUCAGGGAACUGGCAGGACGUGCAGGAGGGGGCGGCGAGAGGCUCGGCCGAGGGCUGCGAGACGAGCGAGCGAGCACUAGGGAACCGGAGCAGUCUCACCAGGACCUGGAGCGGAGCUCGAAGCUCAGUUCCAGAUUUAUUGGCGCCCCCUAUAGACCAGCAGCAGCCUGUGCUGGUUGUACAGGGUUUACAGACACAAAUUGCGCCACAGCCUCCGCUGUCCGAGCUUUCUGGCAGGGGGAGGGCCAGCC